UACAGAGUACAGUUAAGAUGUCACAGUUUUACCGGUCGUCUUCGUUUGCGGCUAGUGCAGUCAUUUUAUGCUUUUUAAGGGUUUGUUCUUGGCAUGGGCAUGCCAAACAUGCUGCAUAAUUUUCUAAGCACCUAUUUUUUUAAAAAUUCAUUUAACCACGAAGUUCUCUGGCAUUGUUGUUCGAAAUAUAAAUAAAAGCAGACGACAAUUUUGGGGGAAAUUCAAGCUAGUCGUGGACUCGCGACAGGUGUAUAGGUUACGCUGUACAGACUGAAGAUAUCGACUGAAAAUGUGUGGAAUUCUAUUAUGUGUCACAACCAAGUCAGAGGAUCACAAGUGCACUAAACAACUGAAUGAAAAUAAAGUUGUACUGGAACGAAGAGGUCCAGAUGCUAGUCAUGAAAUUGAAAUUGACUUAUCAACAUCUUGGAAAGCAACAUUUUCCGGCCAUACCUUAUGGCUACAAGGUGAUUUUCCUGUUCCACAACCAUUGGUAGACUCAAGAGGCAAUAUCCUUCUAUGGAAUGGGGAUGUUUUUUACAGUCGAAUUGGAGAUGAACACAUUCCAAACGGACAUUCAGACACAAAAUUUCUUUUAGACAAACUUGAAAAUGUUGAAACAGUGGAAGAAAUAUGUAACACUUUGGAAAUCAUAAAAGGACCCUGGUCGCUGAUUUAUUACAAGAAAAGCCUUAAUCGAAUAAUUACUGGAAGAGACAGGUUUGGAAGACAUAGUUUACUCUGGAAUUGCUUAAAUGGGGAUGGGGAACUCACCUGUCCUCAAUUAAUAAUUUCAUCCUCAUCACAAUGCUCCACAUUAUGUGAAAUACCUGCUUCCAGUUUGUACCAAAUCAGCUUUGAAAACACCAUUUCAGUUAAAAAGGUCUACUCGCGGAAUCCAUAUGCUAUAAACAAGAAGCCUGUCUCUGACCACGAAUUUUUUGGUUGGAUUCCUGAUUUGUUGGACAACACAUCUUCUGAUCAAAUUAUUAGUGAUUACUUGAACAUUUGGCAAAAGGAAGUAGAAGGAUUGAAAGCCGCUCUGUUGGAUUCAAUCAAAUCUCGAGUUCAUUGCCAGCCAAUGCUUUGUAAGGCGUGCGUGCUACUGCAUCUCAAUGGAAAUCAAAUCAAGUGCACCCAUUCAAAAGUGGCCAUUCUAUUCUCCGGUGGAUUGGACUCGAGUGUUCUAGCUGCACUUACGGAUCGUGUCUGGCCAGAAAACGAAUCCAUUGAUCUACUGAAUGUAGCAUUUCCAUUACGCACCAAGAAUAAUCUCACCGCUAACAAAUUUGAUGUCCCUGACCGUUUGACUGGUCUCCAAGCGUUAGAAGAAUUACAGAAGCUCAACCCCUCUCGGAAAUGGAAUUUUUGCAAAAUCAACGUGGAAUUGGAAGAGUUACUAGAAAUGAGGAAGUCGAGGAUCGCGACGCUCAUUCAUCCAGCCUCAACCGUCCUCGACGACAGCAUCGGUUGUGCCCAAUGGUUCGCCACUCGUGGGCGAGGUGUUUUGACCUCGAACAAUGAGGAAUACGUAUCUCCGGCCAGGGUUGUUUUGAUGGGUGCAGGAGCGGACGAACAAAUGGCUGGUUACGCUCGGCAUCGCCAAAAAUUCGCAAAUGGGGGCUGGUCGUUGCUUGUCUCCGAGAUCGAAAUGGAAAUGAACCGAAUAUCAGAGCGAAAUCUCGGUCGCGACAACCGUAUAUUAGCCGAUCAUGGCAGAGCUCCAAGAUUGCCGUACCUCGACGAAAUGGUUGUUGAAUAUCUAGCUCAGUUGCCGAUCUGGACUAAGGUCGAUCUAAGGUUGCCGAUCGGCUUGGGCGAUAAAAUCAUCCUUAGAGCACUUGCCUUUCAGAUGGGAUUGAAUAAAACGGCCAUUGAACCGAAACGAGCCAUUCAGUUUGGAUCAAGAAUUGCAAAAACCGAAGCCAGAAAAGAAAAAGGUUCCCAAAUAUGUGAUCGAUUAACCAAAUCUCUCGUUUUGGAACAAUAAGGUUAUUUUUUAUUAAUACAUCAAAUUGUACAUUUAAUUCGUUUAAACUCUAGAUUUAAAAAAUAUUAAAAAAAAAAAAAAAAUUUUUAGCGCGUAAAAUAUGUUCCCGGGUUGAUUUGUUUGUCAUUGACAGUAGGUCCUGAUUGGGCGUUUUAAUUACCCUCAAGCGGGACUCGUGUAAACAUGGGAAGGGGAAGGCCAUUAGAGACAAGUUUUUGUGUGCGGCAAGGUCGGAGGGUAUUUGAGAAUUCCUGACGUAAAAUAUUGAAAAGAGAGAGGGAGCAAACGUCAGUUGUGUGCACGAGUUCAUUUCUGAUGGUCGCCAUUGUUCAACUUGUUCAACUGCAGCCGAGAAUAAAUAACUUGUUCACGGAGAUCUCAUCGUUCGACACUGCCAGGUAGUUACUUUCUCUCUGCUGUACCACUCGAAAAUAAGUAUGUCGAAUUCAUCGCCGAGAGGUCUGGCCACGGCCACUGUGGAACUAGUACGUGAUACUUCGCGUCGUUUAAGUGCCGACCUGCGUGACAUGAGUCGUGAUUUCGGCAACGAGUUUCGUAACAUGGGCCGAGAAAUUCGUGACAUUCAUCGAGAGAUUGGCCAACGUUUCCGCAGUUCAUCGUUACAAGGCGUUCCACGCAUCGAGAUCCCUCGCAUUGGCUUACCUUCGUUCGCCGAUGGCCCACGCUACACCAACAUGGACGACGUGAUGCUUCCACCAGGACAAGAAUUGGAUCGACUUUUGGACGAUGAUGAGGAGAGCAUGUGGUCGAGCAAUCCACAAUUGUGCUACGAAGAAGAACAAGGUGAAUUCCAAUCCAACAGCAAUCGUCUUUCCAUCAUUCGCUCGCCGAGAACUGAAGAAAUUCUGAAGAAUGUUGAACAAGCUUUACGCAAAACAGAUCAGGCUUUCCGUGACAUGUUGGGAAUGGAGGCAAAGAAGAGCAUGUCGUCUGGCAUGGUAACACCAAAGAACUGCACUAGAGAGCUGCAACAGCGUAUUUCUGCUCCUCCACCAUCUCCAUCCAAUUUCGGCUUAUCUGCCCCGACGAAAUAGUUGACGCCUUUUAUUCCCGUCAAGUCUAAUAAUUAUCUUUCCCUGAUCUAUUUAUUCCUCGAUUUCUACCAUUUUUUUGUAAAGCAUUCAUAGAGAUUCAGCGUUUAGCAAUUAAUAAUCAGAUGUCUAUAUAUUUCACCAUGAAUAAAGGAGCAAAGUUUAUCUUUUGAA